GUUAGGGUACAACCGCCCACCCCGCGCAGCAACAGCGGCGACCAGCGUCAGCGUGUGUGUGCGCGUUAAUGUUACCGGUUGUGUGUAAUCGCAUGUGUGACGACGUCAUCGGAGCUUUGUCUGUGAAUUCGUCAGGUUACUUUGGUGCUCUUCAUUUUGGUUAACUUAGAGUUCGGCGUCUUGACCGGCGCAACUAGGAGCUGCGAUGUCGUACAUCGAAGGUGUGGAGAGGACGAAGGCCGUUCAUUAUGACGACCCGGUAGAGCUCGUGGACGUGAUAAAGGCCACGCCACCCUGGGACACGGUGAUUCUUAUCAUUGAAGAUUAUCGGCCCCUUGUGGCGUUCACGGACGAGGCCAGCUGCAGCUCCCCCAGCAAGUUAUUUAUGAAAGUGCCAACCACGCAACACUCAGUGAAGAUAUGGACGGAAGUUGCCCGCGAGGCCAAGCACCUGUCUAUAAAUGAGGAUACCAGGGAUUUCUGGCAAAGACGUGUGGACCAAGAGGAGGGUCGCGAGAAAGGCCUUGACCAGAUCCUCGCCUGCCUGCUAGAGGCUCGCUCCUUGGAGUCUCUAGCCCUGUAUGUCUGGGAGUUCACCACGGAAUUCACUUGGCCCCAGGAGGUCGUGCUCCCGCACCUCACCAAGGUGUCCCUGGUCCGAACGGCCGCAGUACAGAGGCGCUGCCAGAGCAAGCGCCAGCCAGACCUCCCGCCGCCCCCGCCGAGCUCCUCGCGAGUCACGUCUGCGGCCGUCUUCGAGUCGCUUCUGCGAGCACAUAGCGGGCAGCUGGCCGACGUGACGGUGGAGGUGGAACAACUCCCGCUCCUCAUCGGCGCGCUGCCCCAGGACAUCCCAAAGCUCUCCGUCACCCACAAGAGCCCCGUGGCCUACAAAUGGUGUCAAGCGGUCGCAACGCUGAGUGUGACGAACGGAAAUGAGCUGGAAAUCAGAUUUGUGGCCUACGCUGCGCAAUUCGCAGAGUUGGUGGCGAGAGCCGUGCUAUCGUGGACUUGCCCGCGGCGCUCCCUCACUCUCCACAACGUGCCCUCCCCUGAGGCGAUGAGCGUGCUGCUGGGCUGCGAGACGCACUCGCUCGUCCUGGACCCGGCCCCGUCGCUCCAGAUGCUGCGUGACCUCCCCGCCGACGCCAUCCCCGCCCUCAGCCUGCUCACAUUGGUGUGUCACAGGUGCAGCGGGGACAAGGACAAGACGCCACACUGCUCCUCGGAACAACGAGUCGCAGUCUGCCGGGAGGCCAUCCUCGCCGACCUCGUGCUGCGCGCACCGCGGUCGCUGCACGUCGUCAGCCGCUGUGCCAAAGGCGAAGGCAGCGACUUCAUCUUCGCCCCGUAUCUACUUGGGAGACAUGGCGAGUCCGAGGUUGAGUCCUGCACAGUGUGCGCAGAAGCACAGAUCCCAAACUCCUCGAUUCCCUAUCACCUGUACCCUUUACCCUACGUGCGCGUAGAGCAGGACGAGGCAGGCCACGCCGUCGUGGACUGUGCCGAAUGUUUAGUUAUUGACCGGCGGACGUUCUGUACCCGCGCCCUCACAAUCUUUUAGUUUUUGUAAAUACAUGACUCACUGUUCGAUGUAA